CGACCCGCCGUUCGUCUCUUCCUUUUCGGUCAUUUAAAAAUGUAGUCAUCCUGCACCUUGCUUCCGCUUUCAUUGCGCCUCGACGAUCCCAAAAAGUCUCUCUCUCUCUCUCUCUCGCCACAUGCUCUGGUCCGUCCCACUCAUUCACCUCAUGAACUUCCAAUAGGAAAGCCUCCCUGAACGUGACCGGUUGGUUUGUUACAACAAAUCUUAAAAUUCAAUUCACCAAUCUCCAGUUUUAGAGAGAGAAAACGCUCUCUGGUUUUAUCAUCCGAUUGGAAGGAGGAGGACACGAGAAUCCUCUGUUUCAGGAGUGAAUUGUGAGGAUGAUUCAGCUCCUGUUCGCUCUUUUGUUUGGAGAAGGGCUUCUGAUCCUUCUUCUGCUGGUGAGAACUCCUCUGAGAAAGCUUGUUCUUCUAGGAUUGGAUCGGGUGAAGAGAGGGAGGGGCCCUGCUGUUGUCAAGACGCUCGCUACUACCGUUUUUGUUGUGUUGGUUUCCAGUGUUAACAGUGUGAUGAAGAUCCAGAGAAGGGCAUCAGCUGUGGGUUCGAUCACUCCUACUGAUCAGGUUCUUAUGAGCAAGCACAUGCUCGAGGCCUCAAUGAUGGGAUAUGCCCUUUUCCUUACGCUGAUGAUCGACCGAAUGCACCACCAUAUGACGGAACUGCGUAUAUUGAGGAAGCAGAUCAGAAGUUCAGGAGAGGGAAAAAGUGCUGGAGGUUCUGGGGAUAACAGUAAUAGUAACAGAAGGGCAUUGGAAGAAGACAUAGCAGCUUUGCAAGAGAAGGUGAAGGAGUUGCAGUUGGAGUCUGAGGCAAAGGAUAGAGAGGCAAAGACAGCUGAGACCAAUGCUAUGGCUUUGAGGAAGCAGUCAGAGGGCUUCCUUCUCGAGUAUGAUCGUCUGUUGGAAGACAAUCAGAACCUCAGGAGCCAGUUGCAGUCUGUAGACCGAAGAUUGUCUCAUUCAGAUAGCAAAAAGAACAUAUUUCCAUAGUUAGUCGGCGAGAAAACCAAACAUUGGAAGAAAAGGGCCUCUGAAAAGUUUGACUGGCACUAGUUCACCGAAGCAAAACAUGACACGGGAGAAAAAGGCCUGAAGAAUGAUUUCUAAUGGUGUACGAUGGACAAAAGUGGAGACAAGGUCUCUCAGAAACUUGGCCGGAACCGAAAAUACAACUUUUCUUGACUGAAGUUAAAGGUUGAUAAGGAGCUAGGGCAGCCUCAGUAAUGGUCUUUUAUAUAGAGCCGAGGCUCUAAACAAUCAAAUUGGAGCCUACUACAAAAGUUUCACUGGAAGUCGUUGUUUUGAUGCCCAAAUAUCCUCAAACUGAUCAUCUCGACAUCAAGAUG